AUUUAUGAAGAAAGUAUGAUUAAGUAGGCUUAAUUUGAAAACUGUUGGGUUUAUUAGUUUUUCCAGGUGGUCCUUCAGUUAGAAACCGUUAUCCAGCACAACUGCCUCAGACUGAACACAGACACUAGAAUUGAGAAAAAAAGGAUAUGUCAUGUGUUCAUUGGGGACAGUAGCCUAAGACAAAGAUGGCUAGAUUGCUGUUGUCCUCUUCUGUGGUCCCAGGGGACAAGAUACAAUCUAGAUGGCUAGAUUGCUGUUGUCCUAUCCCUGGUCCCAGGGGACAAGAUACAUUCACAUUCUGGUUUUCUCCCCCUUGGAAUACCUACCACUGGUGAAGCAUGCCAGGCCAUUGUCCUCUUAGAUCACCGCAGGGGUGCCAGCUGUCACUUUUCCCUGUUGGCCCAUCUAUUCCUCUGACCCACUCAGAAAAGUGAUACACCUAAUUGUUGCCUCAGCUACCUUUUCUUGCUUUAGGAGGAGGCAAAGUGUAACAUUAGGAACCAAAACUUUCUUUUUCUUUUUUGACAGGGAUUGUGAACCAGUAAGAAUUUUCCCUGAUUCAUAUAGACAAAACAAUAUGUGUCUGAAGAAUAAUUUUCCAUCCAAAUUUGAAGAUCCUAUAAUAGUUCCUCUUCAAGAAUUUGCAUGGUAUCAGUAUCUACAGGAGAAAAAACGGGAACUUAAGAAUGAAGUUUGGGAAUAUUCGUCCUACGUCAUAUGUUUUAUUAACGAUCAGUUCCUGGGAGAUGCACUUGAUCUUCAGAAAUGGGCCCACAAGGUGUGGGAUAUAGUUGAUUUUAAACCUGCCGCACUUUAUGAUGCACUUGCUGUGGAUUAUUCUAUUAAAUUCUUACAAGAUACCAAGCAUGAUUUUGUGUUCUUGGAUAUUUCUAUUGGUUUUUAUCCAAUUGGAAAAUUGAUUUUUGAGCUAUACUGUGAUGUAUGUCCCAAAACGUGUAAAAAUUUUCAGGUCUUGUGCACAGGAAAAGCGGGGUUUUCUCAAAGUGGUGUCAGGCUACAUUAUGCAGGUUCGAUUUUUCAUCGGUUAGUACAGAAUGGUUGGCUACAAGGAGGAGAUAUAGUAGCUGGAAAAGGAGAUGGUGGAGAGUCGAUUUAUGGACCAACAUUUGAAGAUGAAAACUUUUCAAUUCCUCACAAUAAAAGGGGAGUUCUUGGAAUGGUCAACAAAGGCCGUCACAGCAAUGGGUCACAAUUCUACAUCACACUACAACCAACUCCCUAUCUAGAUAAAAAAUAUGUGGCUUUUGGGCAAUUGGUUGAAGGAACAGAAGUUCUCCAACGACUAGAAUUGGUUCCAACAGAGAAUGAAAGACCAAUACAACAAUGUUUGAUUAUUGGCAGUGGAGAUAUUUAUGCUUGAUUUUCAUAUUAAUAUAUUCCAACAAAUUAUUAUGUAUUAAUCAGCUGUUUCUAAAUUUAAUUAAAUCUAGAUAAAAUUUAAUGUGCUUGAUAAAAUUUAAUUGAAAACUGUUGCAGGUGCUGUAGGUUAGUUCACCUAACACCCAGUAUCUCUUCAUUUUCUUUCUUGCCUCUGCCAUAGAGACUAUAAAAGCCAAAUACUAAAUUUCCCAGCCUCCUUUGCAGCCAGGAGUGGCAAUGAUUAAUGUCAGCACUGACUGUGUCCCUAUAAAAGUUCAUGAAAUAACAGCUCAUUGCUAUAAGCUCAUUCUGGCCAGUGAGACACGGGUAGAAUGUAGUGGUCCUGCCCCUUCCCCUUCAUUCAGUCCUGAAAGCAGGGAGGCUGGAACCAUGAAAGAAGGGCCAAGAGAACUGCUGAGAUGUCAGCCCCAGCUCUUAAGCUGCAUAACCAAUACCAGCAACUAUCUAUCUCUGGACUUCUUACUAUAUGAGACAAAUAAAUCCCUGUUUAUGUCACUGUUGGUUGAGUAGCCAAAAUCAUUCUUAAUUUAGCAGUAGUACCUAAUGGUCUUUGAAUCUUAAAAUAUUUGAAUAGAAUCACAUUGUUGUUUGUAACUACAUUUCUGCCAUGAGGAACUUUGUGUAUAAGCAAGUAGGAGAGACAAUAGAAAAAAAGAAUUGAUUGUAAAAUUUAAUUGUUUAUAUAUAGCAUUAAGAAAAGGGUAUAUAUAUUUUGGAUGUUUUUAUAUGCAUGAAUAGAAUGAUUCUCUCUGAGCCAUACCAACCAAGACCUUGGGUUACAGUCCCCGUGAUGGUUGACUUCUGAGAUAUUACUGGGGAACCAUCUUUAUCAGCUGCUCCUUAAUCUGAGAUUCUCAAACUCAUAUCACCUGGGAACUUUUUCAGUAAGAUUGCUGGAUCCUGUCCUUGACCUAUUCAAGAGUCUCGAGAUGUGAGACAGGGAUUCUAUGCAGUCAUUUAGCUCUCUCCUCAGAGGUUCUUAUUUAGCUAGCUGGACACUAGCCAUUUGGGAUCACUGCAAGAUGUAAGUAACUGGUUUCAGCCUCCUUUUAGUAGUCAGCAAAGUGCUUAACUCUGAAAGUUAGGGUGACAUUGCUUAGCUACCUUAGCUGCUGCUACCACCACUGCCAUUGUAGUCCUGCUCUGCCCAGAGUCAUUGUGCUUUUCUUGCCCUUAGCAGAUUUGUCUUCAGAGAUGAUCUUUGAGCCAGUCUUAUAGAGACAAGCCUCUAAUUGACUUGGGGCUUGCAGAAGGUAGGCAUAUGCUUUUUGUUUGUUUUAUUUUGAAAUGAUUAUAGAGUCACGGGAAGUUAUAAGAAUAGUACAGAAUAGUCCUGUGUACUGAUCACCCAGUUUCCCCAAUGGGCAUCUAUGUAACAAUGCCAAAAUAGGCAAUUGACAUUGAUACAACAUGAGUGUAUUGUCAUUUUAUCACGUGUAGAUUUGUGACUGAUAACCACGAUCAACACACAGAAGUUUUUCAGUGUCAUAGAGACCUCCUUGGGGUUGUCCAUUUAUAAUCAUACCUAUUCCCCUGCUCCCUACCAUGUCUAACUCCUGAAAACUGGCAUAUUUUUGUUAUUGUUGUUAAUAACAGCUCAUUGCUAUAAGGCAUAUGGUUUUACACUAAGAUCUGAAGUAGGUGGAGAGAAAGCAUAGUGCCUGUAUCAAAUUCUUAACUGGCCCAGAGGCAGCAUAGUGUUAAGAAUGUGUGCCCUAGGGGGUGGCUCCAUAGUGUAGUGGUUAGCACGUCUGCUUUACACGCAGCAGAAGGUCCUGGGUUCAUGCUCCAGGUGGAGCCACAGACCAUACGUGGGUACACCAGGCCCCCUGAGUGCACUGGGGGUGCCAGGCUCCAGGUGCUCCCGACCAAGUGCAUGCCGUGAG